CUGCAAGGAAAAUUUUUCUUCAAUUUUUGAAAAGAGCCUGUAGCUACAAUAGCAUAAUACAGCGUAAAAAUAGUUUUGCGCUAACUGCCGUUUCAAACAAAACAUAUUUUAUUGCCCUCUGCUGAAUGGAUUAGGAAGGCUAUUAUAUUAGCAAACCGCUGCUUACUAAAUGACGCAAACAGAGCUCCCUGAAGAGUGCGUUCAUAUUGUAUGAUUGCAAAACACUCGUUAAACUGUGUCCUUCACAAUAUAGUCACCAAAAGAAGAGUUUAAUGAAUGAAAGCCACAUAGUGAAACAUAAACUUUUAUUAUACCACCAUUCUUUUUCAAACGUCUCUGGAUCUGACAAUAAAUGUGUCAUGUCGAAAGAUUAUAUGGUGUCAAAUUACUUUUGCAAAGAAAUCCGAUUGCCUUCGUGAAAUCAGAACAUUUACCGGUUCGUUUAAGGCCUGGUUUCACAGUUUUCACAAGUCAGGACUAGGCAGGAUAUUUUUAUUAACGUGCCUUUUUAUCACUGGUGUGCAUUUUGAGACAAAACAGAGGCACUGAUAUAUUUUAAAAUCAGUCAAUGCCAGUUUCUUUCAGUUAAAACAGCUCAGACUUACACUUUAGUCUGUGACUAGGCUUAAACCUUGUCUGUGAAACCUGGGGUAACCUUUUUUCGUACCUGAAAGCUUAAGCCCUAAUGAAAAUGUGCCGCACGUACUUUCAUUUUCAGAGAAAUUUAAACCAAGUGUGGACAAAUAUUAAUAAAGUCCACUUUAGAGGAGUUCAUUCGCUGUAGUGAAGCUUUCUCUUCACGGAAAAGAGGAAAGGUGAAAGGUCAGUGCACUGAUGAUCAGUAGGUCGUUGGCUAUACAAUGACAUGUAGCCGCUGAUUAAGACGAGCUUAUCAAAUAUGCAAAAGACUUCUGAAAGCUAGAUGGAAUUGGUGCACAUUAAAAUUUUAUGAAUCAAUAUCACUCUUUAUCUCAUUAAAUAGCUAGGCUACAUUUUAUACAAGUGAAAUUAUCCAUUAACCACAUGGUUCAUAGUUCAUCACUCUAUAUGAAUCAUUCUGAAUAAAACACAUUUAUUAAAAUGUGAACGAAACAAAAAUUCUGAGAUUUUUUUCAGAUGACAUUGCGACAUUGAGGGAAUACUAGCCUAUAGUAUUCAUAUUUUGAAAUAGUUUUUAUGUAAUUUUGGUUUUCAUUUUAUUAUUUGUUUUACGUUUUAGUACAUUUGUAAUAGUUUUUAGUGUAAUAAUUCAACUUAAUAAAUCACUUAUGAAAGUAAACAUUUAUUUUGUUAUUGUUUUUAACCCAUUAAUAUUUAUUUACUUUCAUUUCAACUUUCAUUUCAAGAUUUAGUUGAAAAUGACAACAUAGCUGCUAAAAACGUUUACGACGAUAAAAAAUGGACCACACCAACAAACCUUGACGUAAAUAUACAACUCAACAUCGCCCCUGGUGGCGCCAAAGUUGUACCUUCAUAAUAAAGUAUAUUGACAUAAUAGAAGCCAAUCACAAUAGAGUUUCAAGGGAUUUCCUUUGAACGGCAAGAACAUAAGCCAACUAACGAAAACCGCACGUUGAAUCAGCCAAUGAGAAGUGUCAGUAGUUGUAAGUGGGCGGGAUCUUAUCUUAUCAGGAGGACAGGGCCAAGUAGUAGUUGCAAAGCGGAAAGAAAAUGGCGGCCGUGGCUGCGGAGCCAGGAGCUGCUGCGGCAUCAACAACAGCGGGGGACGGGGUGGACUACGAACCCGAGCCAGGAGAGCAUGUGGUCGACCUAGAGGCCCGCUCCGUCCCGGAAAUGGAGCUUUGUCACCGACCCGAGGAUGUGGAUGCAGUUCAGGAAUGCAGCCAGGUCCAAAUGGAAAUCAGAAGGCCGGACCUUCAAGCCGCGGGAAAAGCCCUCUCUGCCCAUGCGGACGGAGAGCGCACCGAGACGGGGGGGUCCUGGGGCCGCCUGAGCACAGCCGAGCAGCCCGUGCUCAUGGACUACAGGUGCACAGAUUACAAGGAAUCCUUCUCGCCGAAGGUGGAGGCUGCAAACGAGGUCAGUGCUCUCGAAUCCAGCCCCUGCCUUCUGCUCCCCAGCUCCAUCUCAGACUCCCAGCCCUCUGUGGUCUACUUGCAUUCCCUUCCCGCUAAGGUUCCGUCGGAGCCCAAAACCGGACUGUCUCUGGCUGUCGAAUACGACUCCAACCCCGCGUCGAGCCAUCCUGCCGAUCUGGAGUGUGAACUCAUAGGCUUCACGCAGCCGGACCCCGAGCCCGCGACCGAUGCUCCCGGGUCGGAGCUCAAAACUCACGAGGAUGCUUUCCAUGUCAUCCCGCACCCCUCAGAGCACCCGGACUCCCUGUCCGCCGCGGAGGAGACCUCGCUGGGAGAAUCGGUGGGUCAGAGCUGCAUGAGUGACUUUUCUACAGUUUCCAGUAAAGACUCUCCCGAACUUGCAGCGGCGGUGGAUCGGUCGUCGCUCAUCUCAGCAGCGGAGGCGGAGGAAGUGCGCUCGCAUCCUCUUCAUCAGCAGAGCUUCAAAACGGACCUUAGUGAACCCGACAGUGAGUCGGUGGAGUCGAAAGACCCGGUUCUGUGUCCGGCGGAGCCCGGCGUCGUCGAGCGGCUGAUGCUCGGCUCCGAGGUUCUUGUCACGCUGGAUCACAUCAUCGACGAUGCGCUGGUGGUGUCGUUUCGCUUGGGCGAGAAGAUCUUCUCCGGGGUACUCAUGGACCUUUCGAAAAGGUUUGGACCUUAUGGGAUUCCUAUAACCGUGUUCCCCAAGAGAGAGUAUAAGGACAAACCAGAAUCUAUGCAGCUAAAGACGGAAGCAUUCCAGUCAGAGACAGAUAAGGGUGUCACUCAAGGACCUAGUGAUGCCCCCAUUAAGGACCCUGUGGAUGCUCUAGAUGCCCCAUUGAAGGACACUGCUGAGACUUCUGCAGCUCCCCAGCCCUGUCCCAACCCUCAACCUAACCCAUGGACCUCAAAACCACCUCCUUUGUUUCAGGAGGGGGCCCCUUAUCCACCACCACUGUUCAUCAGGGACACCUACAACCAGUCGUUACCUCAGCCUCUACCACGGAAAAUCAAGCGACCCAAGCGUAGGCUGUAUAGAGAGGAGCCAACUUCUAUAAUGAAUGCCAUCAAGCUCCGACCAAGACAAGUUCUGUGCGAUAAAUGUAAAGGGGCUGUGGUGCAAGGGGACAAGCGUGAGACGCGCAGAGGCCCCAUUUCAGACUGCCGAAGUGACGAUGCCAAAAGACGGCGUAAUGACAGCACAGCGGCAGCUGCUGGUAAGCGGCCCCGUAGUGAUACACGUUCUGACGAGAAGGGCCGUGGUACUGAUGGGCCCAAACGGCAGGGUUCAGCUGUACGGGUGACGACGGCUACUGCCUCUUCUCUGGGUCAUAGUCAGGUCAAAGGUGCAGCUGCAGGGAACAAAAUGGUGAAGGGGGUGUCUACUACAACUACAUCCUCAGCCAACUCUCGAGUGCAGCUCAAUGCCAAAAAAGUGCUUCAGAGCAAAAACGUUGACCACUCCAAAGCACGAGAGGUGCUGAAGAUGGCCAAGGCUCAGAGAAGACAGAGAGAGUCAGUCACAGGCAGUAGCGGGAACACCAAGGCCAUAACCAGGGCAGCUGCCCUCCAGGAAGCCCACCAAAAGGUCCACUUCACCAGGCGACUGCAGCAGAUCAGUGGAGGAGGUCCAGGUUCCAACCCCCUGCCACCCAGGAUGCGCAUCAAGCCCCAAAGGUACCGUAAUGAAGAGAACGAUUCUUCCUCAUGUAAGCCGCCUUGCUUGGAGAAAGUGCCGGGAGGGGGCCGUUUACCGUUGCCUAAACCAGCCGUGCCCCGCUGCACCUCCACACGCUCCUCCUCCUCCUCCUCCUCCUGCUCUGCAAGCCAAGUCGCCACAGCUGUAGAGCCCCAGAGGCCAGACAAAGCAAUCGAGUCCCUGCUCAGCCAGGCCCAACCCGAGCCCCUCCCAGCCCCGGAAUACAGGGAACCCCAAGCUGAGCCAGAGGAACAGGAGGGGCGGGAGGAAAAGCGGGAGACGCGUGGGAGCAAGGCUGGUAACCUAGUGGUCUACAUGACCCUUAACCCCAGCCAUACCGACUCCUCUAGUACCUCCAUGUGCAGCAUCGAUAGUGCAGAUGACUUAAAGUCAUCAAACUCUGAGUGUAGCUCUACCGAAACGUUUGACUUCCCCCCUCCUGGUGAUUUGCGAUCGGCCCCUGCCCCUGGCACAUCCUCCGCUUUUGCCUCUGCAUCUCCCUCUGCUCCUAAGGACGAAAAAAAGCGCAGUAAAUCCCUCAAAGCUGCCGUCUUUUCCAAAAACGUAACCAAGUGCGUUGCCCUGGAUGGCAGGACAAUUUGUGUAGGGGACAUUGUUUGGGCCAAAAUCCUUGGCUUCCCUUGGUGGCCCGCCCGCAUCCUAGCCAUCACAGUGAGUCGCAAAGAUAAUGGGCUCUUAGUCAGGCAGGAGGCCCGGGUCUCUUGGUUUGGGUCACCCACCACUUCCUUCCUGGCCAUUACUCAACUUGCCCCAUUUCUAGAAAACUUCCAGUCUCGCUUUGACAAGAAGAGAAAGGGCCUGUAUCGUAAAGCCAUCACUGAGGCCGCCAAGGCUGCCAAGCAGCUCACACCUGAGGUCCGAGCCUUGCUAACUCAGUUUGAGACGUGAGGUGGUGUGCCUUGGUAAGGUAGGCAAAACAGGCACUCGAGUUGGCCCUGUACCCCUUCUGACACCUCUCAAACUUUGCUGUACCCAGUCAGCUUCCAGAGUGAAAUCCAGAAAAGGCAACCAGGACUAAUUUAUUUUCAUUGAGAAAGGGAGAGAAGGGAAUUGAAUUGAGUAAAUGAAAGCAAACGGUUCUCAUGUUAAGUAUCUAGUUCGCCCCUAAGUAACCAGUCUUUUGAUCUUGUCAUAUCAUCAUACGGUAUACCGAAAACGGAUGAUGGAGACUUCUUGGAAAAGGUGUUAUGGGUUUUGAGUGGUAAUGAUAUUUGUUUGCCUUGAACUUAGUUGUUCUUGGUCAAUAUGUGCCGUCGAAGGUCCUUGUAAAACAUGAAAAGAGUGGGGGUUUUUUGAGCUUGAUUAGCUUUUGCCUGAAAACGUAGGCAUGUGUGAAAACUUCAGCUUGAACCCAUUCUCAAACCAACUAAAUGGUGUCCGGUUGACUGCUACUUAGUCUGGAUCCCUAAUUUAGCACAGCUAAUGCUUCCUUUUGGAUGACCAGAGAAAGUGUUAUAGGUUCGGAUUCCUGCUGCAUUUUCUAUCACUACAGUGUUUCUAGACGUCAGAGUCUUUGUCCAAUCUCCCUUACAUGAACUCAAGUCUUGGAUUUCACUUAUGCCAUCCUUGAAUUGUUUUCCUUUAUCAUAGAAGUUGUGUAACAAAGUUGACCCUGCUGGGUAGUGCCUCGCUCAGGUAGAAAAAGGGACUUAAUUGGUGCUGAUCUUUCUCAGACGUUCUGAGACGACUAAUCCAAGCGCAGUGAUCUGAGCAGACGGCUGUUGAUCUGGGCGUGGCUCUUGGCCAGCCUUGGCUUUGCAGCCAGUCGCGCUGCUGUUACGGGGGGAGGUGCCUGUAAGCCGAAGUCACCUCAAGUGCCACUGUGAGGAGAGCACAGCGACUCUGUAAACACAGAGAGUACCACCUCAGACACGAAGAAACAUGCCAGCCUAUCUGUGCGUCCUCUUUCCCCACCCCUCGCAGCUACAACAUCUGCUUCCCAAGCUCAUUCCUCCCUAAUCUACUUGCCCUGUUCACAGCUUCUUGUUCUUUUCCUCCACUUGUUUUGCUCCCUCCUGCCGUUGUCAUAUGUUUGCGUCUUAGACUGCUUUUUAUAUGUCUGAUUAUGGCGAAAAUGUUCCUGUUCCUCAGCCAACCCGCUGGCCACCCCGACUUCGUUUUUUGCAUGAAUUUGGGAGUGCAUACGUGUUUAAUGGAUUACUGAGCAUCUUUUGUAUGGCUCCAUAUGUCUGUCCAGUUUAGGCAUAUCACAUCAAGAGGCAAACCUAAGUUUUGAUGUAGCUGCAGUGGAAUGCAAAACUCUUUUUAAAUGAGUUCCAUUAAGUAACUCAAUGAAAACACUCAUCAACUGCGGUGUCCCGCUGCAAAGCGGGACAUUGGAGCACAAGGCAGCAGUUCUCAUAUGUGUGAAUAUGUUCGUCAUAAUUUUGGGCCUCUGGCUGGUUUAGUUGUUCAGUGCUUUGUUCUGACUCCAGUAUUCAUUGUCUCUCAUCUGAAAUGUUUUGCUAAGGAUUAUUGUGUUUUAAAUUUAUUUGUUGUGCCUGAACUUUAUUUUCUGUCAUUUCACUAUUUGCAAAAUAGGGCUGAAGGUCUUGUAUGUAAAGUGUUCAAAAUGUAUUUUGCCUGACUGAAUUGAAGAUGAAUGGUCUGGAUCUUUUCAAUGCUGAGAACCAGUGAUUUUAUUUGUGUGGAAGAGCAUUAUCUCUUUUUUUUUUUUAUUUUAUUUUUUUUAAUUUCAUGUCUGUAAUCAUGUCCUUGCAUUGCAUAUCCAUUAGCAUCUUAAACUGUCCAGUUAUCUUUACACAUCUUGAGAAGGGACAUACUGUAAGAGAUCUUGGUCUUUCCACAUAUGACUUUAGCAGGUAGAGAUCGUUGACUUGAGGAGAAAAAAAACAAUGCUUGGUAGACCACACUGACUGACUGACGGAGGUUUGUGUAAAGGAGUAAAUCGGUAUUUAUUUUGGUGGUUGGCUUUGUUUCAUUUCAGCAUCUUAUUUUUUACUUUUAUUAUUUCUAUCUGUUUGCAGGUCAGAGAAUGCUGUAAAACCAUUGAAAAAAAGUAACAGUUGAAGAUAUUGUGUACAUGUUUUCUGAUGUUUUAAGAGUAUAUAAAUAAACUGUGAACUUCAAGAAUUUUAUCUAGUCGUCAUUAUUUUUCGUAUUUUAUCAUUUUAAUACCAUUUCUCACUUCAAAGCAUAUUUUUCUCAGGUGUAGCAUAAUGCACAACCCUGUUUUGGGAAAAGCUGUUUUUCCAUGCGUUUCAAAAAAAAAGUAAAAAUUAACUUUAUGACAGCCCAACCAUAGUGACCGUUGUCUGUCAUUUCACAAUGAUCUAAAGUGGAACAGAUUUUCAUACCUGCAAACAGAUGAGAAAACCAUAGGGCAGACUGAACCAAAAGUGUCAGACUGUAAAUAAACACUAUAUAGUAAAUUAUUAAGCUACACAGGGUUGUCAUAAAUAGUUUUAGUGAUUUAACAUUUCGGUGGAUCUCUGCUGUGUGAGUUUGUCUUCAUGCUGUCAACGUUCACGUUUUCUUGGCUUGUAAAGAUUUGACAUUACAAUGGAAAAACAGCUGUGCGUGACACGAAACUUUAAGGGAAAGAGCAUUAAUUCUGCGUUUGAUUUGCUUUGAAUGUACAUCGAAGAAACAUCAAUUGUUGAAAGGAAAUUGGAUGUUUUGCCUCAUAUGAGAAAAUAUUCAUCUGCAAAUUGAAAAUGUCAGGAAAAA